GUGUGUGUGUGUGUGUGUGUGUGAGAGUUGGCGAUCAUGCAGUGGGGUCCUGAGCUCCAGGACUCAGUGUUCAGCCUGCAGCAGACACUCUACAUUUCUACUCUACUUUCUGUUUUAAUCCCACUCCUUUGUCCUUUUACCCUUCCCUCUUUUUUCCAGACUUCUCUUGUUCAUUCUGCUUGCUAUGUUCCUUCUUUUAUAAUCAGUCUGCAUUUCAGUUAUCACCGGUGAUUCCUCCUCUGCUUUACAUUUCACUCUCCAUCCCUCUUCCACCUUUGAUUGUUUAUUACACUUUCUUUUCUAUUGGAUGGAGAGGUUCUUUUAAAUACCUGCACUCUUUCUCCACUUCUUCUCCCGCAUCACAUCCCAUGGGCAUUCGUGCAUCUUCCAGAUCAGAACCUCAUGGUCGCGGAGGUGGAUCUCAGCUGAGUCAGCCAGAUUCUCCGCUCUCAGAGCAGGAUGAGGAGAUCCUUGGCUCUGAUGAUGAAGAGCAGGAGGACCCCAAUGAUUACUGCAGAGGUGGCUAUCACCAUGUGAAAAUUGGCGAUCUCUUCAAUGGGAGAUACCAUGUGAUACGUAAACUGGGCUGGGGACACUUCUCCACUGUGUGGCUGGCCUGGGACAUACAGGAGAAGUGCUUUGUGGCCAUGAAGGUGGUGAAGAGUGCUGAGCAUUACACAGAGACAGCUUUGGAUGAGAUCAAGCUGCUCAAAUCUGUGAGAAACACAGAUCCUGGAGACCCCAACAGAGAGAAAGUUGUCCAGCUUCUAGAUGACUUCAAAAUUUGUGGCAUAAAUGGGACUCAUGUGUGUAUGGUGUUUGAAGUGCUGGGCUAUCACCUGCUGAAGUGGAUCAUCAGGUCAAAUUAUCAAGGCCUGCCCCUACCCUGUGUUAAAAGCAUCAUACAACAGGUUCUACAAGGUUUAGACUACCUCCACACCAAAUGUAAGAUCAUCCACACAGACAUCAAACCGGAGAACAUUCUGCUGACCGUCAAUGAGCCCUACAUCAAAAAGAUGGCUGCAGAAGCUACACAGUGGCAGCGGGCUGGCACUGCACCUCCCUCUGGUUCUGCAGUGAGCACAGCUCCAACGCCAAAGCCAGUGGCUAAAAUGUCAAAAAACAAAAAGAAGAAGAUGAAGAAGAAACAGAAGAAGCAGGCAGUUCUGUUGGAGAAAAGGAUCCAGGAGAUGGAAGGGGACAUUGCGCCUGAGGGUGGGGAGGAGGAGGAGACCACUGAAGAUACCACUUCAGCCACUCUUUCUGCAUCUGCCACACUGCAAGAUGUGGUUAACCAUGCUGUCACAGACUCGCCUGCUGAUGACGAAGCUGAGCAGAUGCCAGAGGAAAAGCAGCACAGAGAGGAUGUGGCCAAUGACAUGAACAGAAUGGAACUGAACUGCAAUGGACACAUCUCCACACCAGUAAGCGAGGCCAACCUGGAGAGCAAGGCACAUGGGCCAAAACAGUGUACUGAGGAGCAAGAAGACCAACAAAAUGCAAAUCAAAUAGAAAGCGGGACAGAGAGCCAUGACACAUUAGAUAAUGACAAACAAGACACAUUAGACAACAGCAAACAAGACCAUCAAACCUGUAACGGUCAUCCAUGGGACACUGAUCUCACCUUGCAGCAGCUCACUGCUUCUGUCAGCUCAGAAUAUGUCAGUGAUGAGCUCCUGAAUGACAAGAAGGGGGAGGAGAUGGACCCUCAAAGAGAGGUCAAAAAGGAGAGUGAAGAAGACAGCCAAAACGGAAUAGCAGGCAGUUUGUUAAUAAACCCACUGGAGCCCCACAAUGCUGACAAAGUUCAAGUUAAGAUUGCUGACCUUGGUAACGCCUGCUGGGUGCACAAGCAUUUCACAGACGACAUCCAGACACGGCAGUAUCGAUCGCUGGAGGUGCUGCUAGGAGCUGGUUACAGCACACCAGCAGACAUGUGGAGCACAGCAUGCAUGGCCUUUGAGCUUGCUACUGGAGACUAUUUGUUUGAACCCCAUUCUGGUGAGGACUACUCCAGAGAUGAAGAUCACAUAGCACUGAUUAUUGAGCUUCUUGGUAAAGUUCCUCGGAAGCUGAUCUUGGCGGGCAAAUACUCCAAGGAGUUUUUCACCAAGAAAGGCGAUCUGCGUCACAUCACUAAACUGAAGCCGUGGGGCCUGUUUGACGUGUUGGUGGAGAAAUACGAGUGGUCUAAAGAGGAGGCGCACUCCUUCAGCAGCUUCCUGCUACCCAUGUUGGAUCUGGUGCCUGAAAAAAGGGCCACCGCAGCCCAGUGCCUCUCCCAUCCAUGGCUGACACCGUAGAAAACACCCAAUGUAUUAUGAAUGAGUGAAGGUCAUGGACUUGAAAGCAGAGUAAAUUUAAGCAGACAAGAGCCCCUGUGUGCCUGCAUCCUCCUGCCAUGGCCUACAAAAGCUGCCUUCACACACUUGCAUACAUCCAGUAAGAGAGGCUGCUACUCGCUGCUUAACCUGGUGUGGGAUUACACUGGUCAUAGAAGGAACUUGAGGGCUUCUCCAUACGUAUAUUCAUGCCUCUCUUGUCUAGGCUGCUUUAGGACUUGUCUUCCCUUUUCUACUUUUUACCUUCUUGUUUCUCCAUCUCUGUCUCUUUCUCUAUAGAGUGUUACUGUAUUCUCUGUGAUGAUGUGGUACUUCAAGCUAAAAAUAGCAGGAUGGUGGAAAAUGAAGUUGCACUUGUCUACAAAUGCAGAAAAAUGCAGGAUGUACACACACUUUUCUCAUUUAUAUCACUGAUAAGCCAAAGCUGUCCUGCACAUUUUCUUGCCAGCUAGCUGCUCCAGUUUUCAUGCUUUAGGCUGUUUCUGCUGUCAGAUAUGUGCAAAGUGCUUAACUGAAGCUAACCAGAUAAAUGGAGACCUGGAACAUUGGCAUUCUUAUGUUGAACUUUUGUACAUUUGUAUACAAGCAGUGCUGCUUUUGGGGAGUGUAGUGUUAGCAUUGUGUACCAUGUCAGGGUGGAGACUCACCAGAAUUUAAGAAUACAAAAAUAAAUAAAUUUUGCUUGUUGUUAACUUGGGGGUAAAUUUCAUGACAGUUUUGAUUCAUAUCAAACCACACAUGAA